UGUCACUUUCUCAAGUCAAAAAGGAAAUAUCAAUGCUAAAGCCCUAGAAGAGUAGAUAAAUCCCCAAAUUGGAAAAGGAACCAGCUUUAGGGUUUUAUGGAACCCCUCUAAUUAUGCCAAGUUACACACAUCUGUAUAUAUACACCUAGCACUGCCUCUUUCUUUUCUAUACGACUUUGGUUUGCUUAAGGCGAAAGACCGAAGAUGGAGGUUUUGAGUGCUGAAAUUGUGCUUAUUACGUCUGCCCUUGAAGCUUAUAUUGUUCGAAUUUUCAGUAUUGCUGCAAAGUCUCUUGUUUACCUUCUCUUCAUGGCAGGAUCUUUGUCAAAUGAUACUGAGGUUUUUCCUAGUAAUGUUGCUCUGUUAAAGAGGGAGGGAUCUACACUGGAGAACAAAGAUGCCAGUGAGGAUGAGGAUGAAGAAGAAGAUGAAGGUCAAGAGGGGCAGGAUGAAGAAGAUGCUGGAGAGGAAGAGGAAGAGGAGGAUGAAGGUAAUGAUGAUGAUGAAGGCGAACCUGAAGAUGAGCCUGAGGCAAAUGGUGAUGGUGGUAGUGGGGAAGAGGAAGAUGAGGACGAGGACGAUGAUGAUGAUGAGAAUGAUGAGGAGGAAGAGGAGGAAGAAGAGGAAGAAGAAGAUGAGGAGGAGGAGAUUCCCCAACCACCUGCUAAAAAGAGGAAAUGAGCUUAUUGCUUCCUUGUCUGAUUUUGUAUUUUUGCAUUUUUGCAUUUUGUUUGACAAGGAUUUGGUGCUGAUAGUAGAAAACAGUAGUUGUUUGUUAGUUUUUGUAUCGAGUAGACAAAGUCAGCUAAUAUGAAUGAUUUCAGUUUAUGGUC